AUGAGGAACGAACCGAAGAUUAAGAGGAGUAAUAGUAAUGUGAGCUGGAGGAGUUCCGGUGGAGGAUCAUCGAGGAAUAACGAAAUGUUGAGGUUUUAUUUAAGUCCGAGCUGGAGAACCAGCGGUGGUGGUGGUGGGUGGGAGAAGACGGCGGCUAGGGCUAAUAGUCACGGCCGAUAG